AUGUGCUUGGAUGCUGGGAACUUGGGUGUUGGGAACAUGGGUGUUGGGAACAUGGGAGAUGGAAAUAUGGAUGAUGGGAACAUGGGUGUUAGGAACCCAUGUGCUGGGAACUUGGAUGUUGGGAACUUGGAUGUUGGGAACAUGGGAGAUGGAAAUGUUGACGUUGGGAACAUGGGUGUUAGAAACCCAUCUGCUGGGAACUUGGAUGCUGGGAACUUGGGUGUUGGGAACAUGGGUGUUGGGAACAUGGGAGAUGGAAAUGUUGACGUUGGGAACAUGGGUGUUAGAAACCCAUGUGCUGGGAACUUGGAUGCUGGGAACUUGGGUGUUGGGAACAUGGGUGUUGGGAACAUGGGAGAUGGAAAUAUGGAUGAUGGGAACAUGGGUGUUAGGAACCCAUGUGCUGGGAACUUGGAUGUUGGGAACUUGGAUGUUGGGAACAUGGGUGUUGGGAACAUGGGUGUUGUGAACUUGAAUGAUGGGAACAUGGGAUGUUGUGUUAAGAAGUUCAGAUAUUGA